GAUGCGCCGCUUGUGCACAAUCGGAGGCAGCAGAGAGGGAAGCGGCGUCCGUGUGAGGCGAGAGAGAGGAGCUGCAUGGAAUGGAGGAGGAUGCAAGAGCACCUCUGUCGGCGUUGUCAAGGCUCCCGCAAUCUCCAGAACCACUGCCACCCUGGAUGGUGUGCUGAGGGGAGAGACUCGUAGCAGCUCUGGGAUUCCCGAGGGAGCAGCUGUUUGGAUUCGGUGUCGUCUCUGAUAUGAUGCUGAGAGCAGGAGGGGCAGCCACCUCGCUUGCAUUGCUACUGCUGCUGCCAUUGCUGUGCUGGUGCCACCUGUGCCACUCGCUGCGAGUCCCAAAACUCUCUGCCUUUGCGAAAGCAGAAGACAAACUGUUCAAAUAUCUCUUCGGACACUAUCAGAAAUGGGUGCGUCCAGUGGAAUACCUCAACCAGACCAUCAGUGUGAAGUUUGGACUGGCCAUCUCCCAGCUAGUUGAUGUGGAUGAAAAAAACCAGCUCAUGACAACCAACGUUUGGAUGAAACAGGAGUGGGUCGACAUGAAACUCCGAUGGAAUCCUGAUGACUACCUGGGUAUCACAACGAUCCGAGUCCCCUCUGACAGGAUCUGGCUUCCUGAUGUUGUGCUUUAUGAUAACUCAGAUGGUCGUUUUGAGGGAACUGUCACCAAGGCUGUGGUUAAGUAUGACGGGACCAUCAUAUGGACGCCUCCUGCCAAUUACAAGUCAGCCUGCACCAUCGACGUCACCUUCUUCCCUUUCGACCUCCAGAACUGCUCUAUGAAAUUUGGCUCGUGGACCUACGACGGGUCCCAGGUAGAUGUAAUCCUGGAGGACUUCCACGUGGAUAAACAGGACUAUUUCGACAAUGGGGAAUGGGAGAUUGUGAAGGCCACAGGCAGUCGUGGCUUGAGGACCGACGGCAGCUCUUCCUAUCCCACCAUCACCUACUUCUUCAUUAUCCGCAGGUUGCCACUUUUCUACACCCUCUUUCUUAUCAUCCCCUGCAUCGGCCUGUCCUUCCUCACCAUCCUCGUCUUCUACCUGCCCUCAAACGGCGGCGAGAAGAUCUCUCUCUGCACCUCAGUGCUGGUGUCGCUCACCGUCUUCCUCCUGGUCAUUGAAGAGAUCAUCCCCUCCUCUUCCAAGGCGAUCCCCCUGAUCGGGGAAUACCUGGUCUUCACCAUGAUCUUCGUCACGCUUUCCAUCAUCAUCACUGUCUUUGCCAUCAACAUCCACCAUCGCUCCUCGUCGACGCAUCACGACAUGGCGCCGUGGGUGAGGAAGAUAUUCCUACAUCGACUUCCUAAACUGCUGUGCAUGCGCAGCCACGCGGACCGCUACGCCGCCGCCGGAGUGAGCGGGGCGGGAGGGGCUGCUGGCGUGGGCAGGAUGAAGGGCUCGUCACCCGAGGUCACCCCUCUGCUCUACACUCGACACAACCUGCAAGCAGCUCUGGAGUCUAUUCGCUACAUCACGAUGCACGUGGUUAAAGAAAAUGAGGUCAGAGAGGUGGUACAAGACUGGAAGUUUGUAGCCCAGGUUCUGGACCGAAUGUUUUUGUGGGCCUUUCUACUGGUGUCAGUCCUCGGCUCUGCUCUUCUCUUCAUCCCUGUUAUUUACAAAUGGGCAAGCAUUAUCGUCCCUGAGCAUGCUGCUGGAAGUAUGCUCUAGGAAUCGACCUAUUGAAAGCAGGGGCAGAGAGCGAUCAUGACAUUUGAUCAGUACCUUGUUGGAUAUGGGAUUUGGAUAUCGGCAACGAUUCUGUGACCUACAGCCGGACAGGACAUCACGCUGUAGCUUCCGAGGGCUUGCGUGCAAUCGAAUCCACACAGGCUUUCAGCAUAUUGUGCAACUGGACUGUGUAUGAAAGGAAUGUUUACUCAAAGAAGACAGCAUGUGGAGUAAAUACUGCGAAAUUUCUGAGUGUGUUUAGGAUUCAAAAUAUUUUUCCAUUUAAGAGAGCAAGCUGAUGAACUGCUGUUGGCACAGAAAGAGCCUCAACGAAUGUUUUUGGGAGACAGUAACAGUGUAAAAGUAUAAGAUUAUCAUAAAGCACAUAUGAAGGAUUAUUCUUCAACGAUUCCCCAUAAUCAGCUCAUGUACUAAAGUUUGAUGUUGAUUUAAAAGAGUUCAGCAGAUUUUUUUUGUAAUAACAAAUUAAUAAUAAACAUAUCACACAACCA